UUAUCGUUUUUGUAUUGUUGAUUUUAUGCAUGAUCUAUCUUUGCUUAUCUCAGGUUUUUUAGCUUUAUUUAUAUUUAUCUACGUAUUUCAUCUUUACUAACGCUGUUUAGCGUAUAAACCAAAAUGAUUCCAAGAGGAGCCUCUGGUAAGCGUCGAAGAGAGUUUAGUACCUAUGAAAUUGGUGAAUCAUCACAUAGCAGUCGUUUGCGUAGGGUAUCAAGAAUGUUAGAGCCAGUGACAUGUGCUCGGUACGCAUCAUCUCAAGAAGAACGCACCCCGCUUCCUACAUAUUUCGACUGCGGUGAUUGUGUUUGUGUGUGUCAAUAUUGUAGUGCUAUGUUCUGGUUUGCUGAAAGGGUUGUUCACAUUUCACGGUCAAAUCAUCCAAGGUAUAAUCAAUGUUGCAAAUCAGGAACUGUCGCAAUGCCUUUUCCUCUUCAGCCACCACCUGUUAUCAAACAAUUAUUUGACGACUCUGGUUUCUUGGAAAGAAUUAGACUUUAUAACAGCAUGUUCGCUAUGACGUCUUUUGGUGCAGAUGUUGAAGAAAAUAUAAACGACGGACGUGGCCCCUAUGUUUUUAAGGUUUCAGGUCAGAUUUCACAUUGGAUUGGCUCUUUAUGUCCUCCGCCAAAUGAAAAGCCACGUUUUUUGCAAAUGUAUGUUUACGAUACACAAAAUGAGAUAGCAAACAGACUCAGAUUUUUUGCUGGAACAGAUCAAAACGGCCUUUCACCUGCUAUUGUAAGUAGCCUCAGUGACACUUUGAAGUCAAUCAAUGAAUAUGUUCGCGUCUUCAAAAAUGCUUUCGAACUAUGCGAUAUAGAAGGUGGACCAGACUUUAGUAUUCGUCUUUAUAACAAUGUCCCAGACAGAAGAUAUGACGCGCCUGCUCCUGGUACAUUGGGUGCUAUUGUACAUGGUGAUGACUCAAACGCUAGCACGUAUGACAUUAUUCUUCAUAAAAAGAAUGGUACAGCUCAAAGGGUAAGCAAGCUCCACCCAUCUUAUAUGCCAUUGCAGUAUCCGCUGCUUUUCCCUUUCGGUGAGCAGGGUUGGUCCCCUAGACUUCAUCGACGCCUUCCAAAUGCUUCACGAGAUAAAAACCUUACAGUAAACAUGUACUAUAGCUAUCAGAUUCAUGAUCGUGCUGGUGUGUACUCUCUUCUCUUAAAGGGUGGUAGGCUCUUCCAACAAUACUUAGUUGAUGCAUACACAUGUAUAGAACAAAGCCGCUUAGAUUAUAUAAAUGCAAACCAAAAUCUGUUUCGUUCCGAGUAUGUUGCCGGCAUGUACGAUGCUCUUUCAAGAGGAGAUACAGAUUCUCGGUCAAUAGGUAAAAGAAUAUUUUUGCCUUCAUCAUUCACAGGCGGUCCAAGGUAUAUGUAUAAACAUUAUCAAGAUGCACUUGCAAUUUGUAGAGUCCAUGGUAAUCCGCAGUACUUUAUAACAUUUACGUGUAAUGUUAAGUGGCCGGAGAUUGCUAGGCAUCUCAAUAAGGUUAAUUGUUUGCAUGCUGAAGAUCGGCCAGAUAUCAUAUCCCGCGUUUUUCAGAUGAAGGUUAUUGAAUUCGUCAAAUUUAUGAAAGAAGAUAAAACGUUUGGUGAUGUAGCAGCAUAUUUGUAUACUAUUGAGUUUCAAAAAAGAGGAUUGCCACAUUGUCAUACUCUUCUUUGGGUCACAGAUCCAUAUAAAAUACGAGACGCUUCUGACAUUGACUCAUAUGUGACAGCUCAGUUUCCUGAUCCUUGUACAGAAUUCUCUCUGUAUAAAACAAUUACAGAGUGUAUGAUCCAUGGCCCUUGUGGACUAUUAAAUCCUAAUAGUCCUUGUAUGCAUGAAGGUAAAUGUUCAAAACGGUUUCCAAAGCCUUUUCAAUCCGAAACCCAAUUUGAUAAGGCUGGGUAUGCUCAUUAUAAAAGGCUUCAAGGCCAACAUCACACGUUGAGAAGUGGCAUCCAAAUUGAUAACGGUUACGUUGUUCCUUACAACAAACGAUUGUGUAGCCGUUUUAAUGCGCAUAUAAACGUAGAGUACUGUGGCUGGAACAUGAUGAUCAAAUACCUUUUUAAAUACAUCUCAAAAGGAGCAGACCGUGUUAGAUUUGCAAUCUACAGAGCUCACCAAAACUCAGCUUCAACAUCAACCCAUGAGCCUCCUGUAGUCAAUGAGGUAAUUAAUUUUUUGGAUGGAAGAUUUAUUUGCCCGCAUGAGGCAUCAUGGAGAAUUUUGAAUUUCCCUAUUCACGAAAGACAUCCCGCUGUUCAAAUCCUUGCAGUUCAUUUGGAAAACAUGCAGAAUGUAACAUUUAGAGAUAAUCACAAUCUUCAGUCUAUUAUCAACAAUCCAUCGUUUGGAAAGACUACUUUAACCGAGUGGUUGUCUAACAAUAAUGCGGAUUCAAAUGGACGGGAUCUUACUUAUACCAACUAUCCUUCUAGAUAUCGUUGGGAUGUUUCCGCAAAAUGUUGGAUUUAUAGAGCUCAAAUGAGAACAGGUGCAAUUGGCCGCCUUGUGUAUGUUCAUCCAACUUCUGGUGAACUCUUUUAUUUACGCACGUUGCUUUCUCAUCAAAAAGGUUGUAAGUCAUUCGAUGACAUUCGUACCGUCUCAAACACCACCUACACAACCUUUCGUGCGGCAUGUGAUGCGUUGGGUUUAACUGGUGAUGAUAGAGAGUGGCAAACAGCCUUUGCCGAAGCUUCUACCUGGGCCACAUCUUCUGAAUUGCGAUCCCUAUUCUGCCAUAUGCUUCUUUUUUGUGAGGUAAGUCAACCUUUAGCUUUAUGGGAAUCUGAGUGGAGAAAGAUGGCUGACGAUAUGCUUCUAGCUCUUAAUUCUGCUUCGUCGAAUCCUGAUUUCUACGUAAAUGAUCAUGAUUUACAACAACAUUUGCUUCUGGAAAUAGAAAGACUGUUAAACUCUGCUACUCCAUCUAAAUCACUAAAAGAUUUUGGUCUUCCAUUACCUCCUACAACAAUUCUCGCAACUUUAAGGAACCGACUUCUAAUGGAAGAGAUAUGCUACGAUAGAGCUGUACUAGCCUCACAACAUUCUGAAAUGCAUUCGUUACUCAAUGCGGACCAGCUUCAAGUCUACAAUGUCGUCAAAGAUUCAACAACUACUGAAUCACAGGUGUUAAUAUUUGUUUAUGGGCAUGGUGGAACUGGAAAAACUUUCUUGUGGACUACAAUAAUAUCUUUGUUUAGAUCCAUUGGAAAAAUCGUGUUAGCAGUUGCAGCUUCCGGGAUUGCGGCUCUCUUAUUACCCUCGGGCAGGACAGCACACUCAAGGUUUCACAUACCUACAAAUUUAACGGAUAAGUCUAACUGCGAUAUUAAAAAAAAUACUCAACUUGCUGACCUUUUGAAACAAACUGCACUUAUAAUCUGGGAUGAGGCUCCAAUGAGUGAUCGCCGGUGUCUUGAAUGUUUGGAUAGAACUCUGAAAGAUAUUCUUGAAGAUGAGACACGUCCAUUUGGUGGUAAAUCUAUACUUCUUGGUGGGGACUUCCGUCAGACGUUGCCAGUCAAACCUAGGUGUACACGUUCAGAGAUCAUUGAUUCAACAUUACCAAAGUCUUAUUUAUGGCCAUUUUUCACACUUUACACAUUGUCUGAAAACAUGCGUCUAAAAGAUCUAACUGAUAACACAGCUUCUGCACAAGCCUCUGCUGAAUUUGCUUCAUGGUUACUUUCUAUUGGUGAUGGCUUAACAGGAGAACUUGAUACAGAAGAUCCUUUAAAUACAAGAAUUGUUCACAUACCAUCACGAUUCCUAAUUACACCAACUGAAGAUGCUCUCCAAUCUCUCAUCCGCUUUGUGUAUAAUGAUUCGAUACUUGCUAAUCCAUGUGCUGAAAAUUUGUCGAAUAGAGCAAUUGUUUGCCCAAAGAAUGAUACAGCUGAUCAGAUAAAUAAUAUCAUCUUAAAUAUGAUUCCCGGUGAAAGCAGGACAUACAUCAGUCAUGAUAGCAUGGUACCUCAUAUGCAAAAUGCCGCUGACUGUGAAACUUUAUACCCACAAGAAUACUUGAACGAGCUAAGUUUUCCUAGCAUUCCCCCUCAUAAGCUUAAUUUAAAAGUUAAUACUCCUGUUAUCUUACUUCGAAAUAUAAAUCAAACAUUAGGUCUAUGCAAUGGCACACGACUAUUAGUAUCGCAAUUGUUGCCUAGAAUAAUUGAAGCAUACGUAAUAACUGGCACUUCAACUGGUCGCCGUGUAUAUAUACCUAGAAUAAAAUUUGUUCAAAACGAUAAAGAUAUGCCAUUUGUCUUUACCAGGCGCCAAUUUCCAUUAAAAAUUUGUUACGCUAUGACAAUAAAUAAAAGCCAAGGCCAGUCUCUCAAAAAAAUUGGUGUCUAUCUUCCACAACCAGUAUUUACCCAUGGCCAAUUAUAUGUUGCCCUUUCACGUGCUACAUCACCAAAUUCACUUAAAAUACUACUUACUUCCGAUGAAUACAAUUCUGCUGAGACAACAAAAAAUGUUGUCUUCUCUGAAUUGAUGCAUCUUAUCAGAAAUAAUCAGCUGCAAAACCAGUGAACACACAUGGAGAUUGAAAAGACAUCCACUUUCAACAGGAGACUUCGCAAAGAUCCGUAGAAGAUGAGAAUUGUUACGCCGACGAUUGGUUUUGGAUCACCAAACAAAGCUAACUCAUAUAGUGCUCAUGGUAGCGCGUUGGGAGCUAAGGAAGUUGAGGCCACAAGAAAAAAAUCUUGGAUGGGCCCACCAGGCGUUUCAUGUGCCUGAUGAUGUUAAAAAGCAUUGGAGUCGUAACAUUUCUGAAGGAAAAGUUGUUGAAACCGAGUGGAAUGAAAAGUUUGCGGCAUAUGAGAACAAGUACAAGGAAGAUGCCACAGAGUUGAAGCCUAUUAUCAGCGAUGAAUUGCCCGUUGAUUGGGAAAAAGCUCUACCAAUUACAUGACACCCGCCAUUAGACUUGCUGCACUAUCCAAAUCUAGAGUGAUUUACGUCAUGACCCACGAUUCGAUUGGUCUAAGGGAGGACGGGCCCACUCAUCAGCCCAUAGAACAUAUAUCAAGUUUCCGAACCAUGCCCAACAUCCUCAUGCUCCGACCUGCUGACGGGAACGAAACUGCUGGUGCUUAUCGCGUUGCGAUCCUCAACACAAAAGCUUCCGAAUCUAAAUAGAAUCACAGAAAACCGUCAUGGCUGACACAAUCAAACAGGAACACUUAUAGCCUGCCCUACAGCACUAUAACCUCAGCAUCAGUAGGACUUACAAGCUAUGUAUGCCGUCACGUUCAACUUCUAAUUUAUUAUAGAACAUCUAUGCACAUGUUGCAUUAAAAUCAAACAGCAAUACAAUGGAACAGCUGAAGAGCAACUAUUUUGGCAACAACUUAGGACAUCUUAAAUGCUUUGCGUUUCCUUAAUUUAGGCUGAUAGAAUAGCUAGAGUAACACUGUUUAUGUAAAUAUAAUUGUUUCCGACACUUUCGAACAUAUUAAACAUGUCGAUUAACAAAGGAUUUGCAAUCACUUUGGCAUCUAGCUAGCGUUUAGUUAAAACAAACUCGCAAUGACAUCUUUACAUGUGCUUUCUUGCAA